AUGGUCCCGGCCGCGCCUCCUCAGCCGCGCGGGGCCGGGGCCGGAGGACCGGCCGAGGACGACAGGGUUCUGUCCCGACGAGCCGUGCUAGGUUCGGCUCGGACGCGCGCUGCUGGAUCUAAAUGGGCGGUGCCGGGUCCGAUGGGCGACAGGUGGGCGUGGCGACCCAGGUACUGGGCUCAGGGCGGGUGGCCCGGUGCUCCCGCUCCACCCGCCCGCCCGCGCCUUGCCCCGGGGCUGCUGCGCGUUUUUCCUCCAGUGGGACUCCUUUCUGCUGGGGUCGCUUCGAAGCCGACCUUUUCAAGCUGUUUUCUUCGUUGGACGAAACGUUAUUAGGCUGUGUACAUUUCAAGGGUCCUGUUUUCUGAACCGUGCCAGCGUUUCCUAGGCCCCCACCCCGCCGCUCCCGGGGUUGGAGCCCCCCAAUGCAGGGCGUGCUCCUCCGGCAGAGCGAGGCUGGAGGGCCCACUCCCUUUGUCUCCUUAGAAAAUGCCUCUUCUCUCAGACACAUUGUUAUCUGCAAAUCCUUAACCGGCGCGGAGAACGUCCAGGGAACGCUUUGAUGCGCCCAGGUUAGCACUGACAGGUGCCACGUGAGCGUCGUCUUAAAUCCUGUACGUGGCCCGUGGACGUGGAACCCUGAGAUUAAUUUCAGUAGCUAGCUUUGUGAAUUGUAGGAAUUCUUCUUCAUUGUCCUUUUUACACAGCCCCUCCCCCUUUUUUGGCAGUGGGACACAUCCCAACAGUCUCCCCCAUGCAGUCAGUCAGGUGACUCUGCAUUCUUACCUUAUCUGUGACGUGUCCUAACAAAAAGCGUUCAUCUUUGAAACACUAAGGCAAGUAAUGAGAAGAGUGAACUUUAUUUGACAAAGCCUUUUUAUUUUGGUCAUUGCUUUUUUUUCCAGUGGGGAAAUAAUUUUACUCUCCACCAACUGGAUUUCCUCUUUUGCAGGCAAUUAGAGAAUUCUGUCAUCUCCACUUGGUUCUGCCUUUUCUGCAGCACUCUUCCAGUCCAGCUACAUAAGGAGGCGUCUCAGCAGAGGAGCCUGGGGCAUGGAACCCGUGCCAUGGGGGAAUGAAUUCUUCAAUAGAUCUCUAGUCUCCUUUAUUAAAAUUAAAGUGUGGUGACUUGCAGAAAAGCGUCUGUGUCUAAAUGACAUCUUCAUGUUCUAGCGUUCGAUUUCCUUAUGCCUUUGAGCUCCUGUGCUUCCCGAUAGACUCGAGUUUUUACCAUGUGAGAUCCUCGUGCCCGCCCAGCGGACUCUCACUGGGUUCCUUCCACACGUGCUUUACAGAUUCCUGGCACCAGGUUAAGUGAGCUCCAGCCUCAGGAGCUCCAUGCUUCAGGAUGCUGUUACCAAGAAUGACUUGCCUCUUGGAGAAUUAGUUUGCAAAGCUGGCGGUUAGAUUGCUGGUAUCCAAAGCAAGUAUGUGUAGCAUCGUUAAAGAGAAGAUUCAGGUUUCCUGGAAAGCAGUUAUGGGCUCUCUGCAGUGUUAUUUUUCUAAUAAAAAACAAAUUGCAUAUGUGAAACACCUAGUGCGUGAUGCAAGACCAUCACAUAGAAGGCUCUAAAUCAAGGUGAAGUAUUCUUGUUUUUCUGACUGUCAUUAAAAGUCCCCAUUUGUGUUA